AUGCUCGAUGUAUGUUUCAGGAAUCAGUUCCAUAGCCCUAGAAAUCUCCUUUUGGCCCUGGCCGGUGAAGUGGGAGAAGUCUCAAAGAUAUUUCAAUGGAAAGGGUUACCCGAUUGGAAAGAAGAUGAAAAUUUUCAUGUGGACGAAGAGCUUUCUGAUGUGCUACUUCACCUGGUGAGGCUAUCUGAUAUCUGUGGCAUUGAUCUCGGGAAAGCUGCUCUUCGUAAACUUGAACUUAAUGCCAUCAAGUACCCGGCGGGUUCAAAGAAAUACAACAACAACAAUGGCACUGCAGAGAUGUGUGAUUGAUGA